CAAUUUGGUGUUAAAUUAUAUUCAAUGUCAACAAUGAAACUUGACUUCAAAUUCACCGCUGAGGAACUAAUUUCCAAAGGAAAAACAACCGAAGAAAACGUAGAAAAAAUAAGGAAUUGGUUAUCUACUGCAAAAGAAAAAUUUAUUCCUAUUGAAAUUCAGGACGAAUUAUUGGUGCUGUUUUUGUUAUCGUGCGACAAUGAUAUAGAAAUGACAAAGAAGACUAUAGUGUCUCAUUACAAGAUAAAAAAGGAUGCCCCGGAUAUAUUUGACCAAAGAAAUACUGAGAGGGAAGAUAUUCAAAAGGUUUUUAAAACUUUACAAAUGAUCAAUUUACCCGAAAGAACUGAUGAAGAUAAUGCAAUUAUCUAUUUUCGUUUGAGAGAUACAAAUUGGAGAAAUAUGGAAGUUACACCCAUUAUGAAAGCCUCCUUUAUGUUGAUGGAUAUAGAACAGAAAAAAAUGUUUCCAAAUGGUAUCGUUUAUCUGGUAGACAUGGAAGGGUUUGGACUGAUGCACUUGACGAAGAUACGGUUAAAUCCUUUAAUGAAAUAUUUUGCAUAUCUUGAAGAAGGACUACCGAUUAAAUUUGAGGCGAUACAUUUUUUGAACGCAAAUUACGUGUUGGAUAGAUUUUUGGCUAUGGUCAGGACUUUUUUAUUGCCUCACAUAAUGAAGAAGUUAUACAUGCAUCCAAAGGGUCUUUCCCAAGAAGAACUGUUCAAAAUCGUUCCAAAAAAAUGCCUUCCUCAAGAGCUAGGCGGAGAUUUACAGCCUGCUGAAGAACUGUGUAAAAUAACGAUGGAAUUACUUAUAGAAAAAAAUAGUUUUUGGGAAAUUGAAGAGAAAUUAAGAAAACACACGCAAUAAACUUUUUUUUAAUUUUUGUAACGAUGAACAGGAUACAUACAGGUUAAGAAGCAACGAUGGGUCUUAAUUACGUUAUGAAAAAUAAGUACCUACUCCUCGUAAAUUAUCCUAUUUUGACAUAUCUCCUGACUUAUAAUUCAAGGAACCUUUGUUUGUAAUUUUUGCUACCACAAAGGACCUGAUAAGGUCUGGUCUAAGUGUAGUGUGCCCACUGUCAUAUCUUAUCAGAUAAUAAUUCGGUUUAGAUUAUCAGAAUAUGUAAACGAGUUACAUUCUAGAAUAAGUAAACACUUUAAUAUUGUUAUCAAAUUACAAUUUAUUAUAAUAGUUUAAUUGUGCAUAGCUUAUUUUAAUUUCAUAACCGUGGUAUAAGUGGAUAUAAUAAUAAAUUCUUAAAAUAUUGGCCCUAAGAUAAAGCAAACAGUGUCGCUUUGGUAAUUGAAAGUGAAAUUAAAACAG